AUGGACGGCGCUAGGGAUAGUAGGGAUGAUCGUCGUGUGAGUGGGUGGAGGAGCAGUGAAGCGGGUCAAGCGGGGGAAGGGAGGGAAAAGAAGCGCGUGUCGCGGGUGGUGCGGACGGCGUGGGUCCAAUGCGACGACGUUAAGUGCAAGAAAUGGCGCCGAGUGCCGAUGCAAAUUGCACGAGCCAUGAGCAGCAGCGAGGCGAGAUGGUUUUGUCGCAUGAAUCCUGAUCCUGCCUUCGCCAGCUGUCGCGUUCCGCAGGAAAGCGACGACGCGAACGACAACGGCGAUGCGGACGAUGACGACGAAGCGGAACAGGACACGCGGGGGAGAGACGGCGCAGGGGGGAGUAACAGCAGGAGCGAGAGGGACGUGGGCGCGCGGAAAGAGCAGGGCGGGGGGGAAGGAAGGGGGAAUGGGGAAGUAGCGGAGGGCGGCGGGGGCGGGGCGGCGGAGUGGAGCAGCGCAAGCGAGUGCAGCAGCGAGUGCAGCGACGGCGACGGCAGCGUCGCCAUCCAGUUUUCCGACUCCGACGACGACCCCUACCCGGGGGACGACGACGCGCAGUGCGCGCCGUGGCGGGGCGCGGAUAGCGCGCCCGGGAGGCGCGGAGGGGAGGUGCCGUGGUGGCAGUGGGGGAGCAGCGGGAACGGCCGGCUUGGGGGAGGCGCGUUAGGGCGGGGGAAGGCGGGGGCUGGGAGGGGAGGGGGGAGAGGCGCGGGAAGGGUGGGCGGAAGUUGGGGUGCGGUUAUGGGGGGACUGGGGAAGCCCGCGGUGCCUCCACCUCGCCUCGUGGGGUCGGGCAAGCGCGCGUGGAUCCGCAUCGUGGAGAACGAGUACCUGCACCGCCGCCCCAAGCUGCAGCGGACCGACGAGGUGUUGGUGUGCCAGUGCGUGCCGCCGCCGCCCGGGCGGCGAGAGAAGGGGUGUGGGGAGGCGUGUUUGAACCGCCUGGUCAGCAUCGAGUGCCAGCCCAAGCUCUGCCCCUGCGGCGCUGCCUGUGCCAACCAGCAGUUCCAGCAGCGGCGGUACGUGAAGGUGGAGAUAGCGCGCUACGGCCGCAAGGGAUACGGCGUGCGGGCGCGGCAGGCAGUAGCAGCGGGGCAGUUCAUAGUGGAGUACGUGGGGGAGGUGCUCAACCGCAAGGCGUUUGCUGUACGCCUGGAGGAGUACAGGCGCGCCAAGCAGCGCCACUACUACUUCAUGACUCUCAACAACAGCGAGGUGAUAGACGCAUGCCGCAAGGGCAACUUCUCGCGCUUCCUCAACCACAGCUGCGAGCCCAACUGCUGUCUUGAGAAGUGGAUGGUGCGGGGCGAGCUGCGCAUUGGGCUCUUCUCCCUGCGCCCCAUCAAAGCGGUGAGACCCCUCCUCCCCGACCCUCCCCCUGGCGAGGAGCUGUCAUUCGACUACAACUACGAGCGCUUUGGCGAGGAGCUGUCGUUUGAUUACAACUACGAGCGCUUUGUGGGGGCGCGCCCCACGCGCUGCUACUGCGGCAGCCUGUCCUGCCGCGGCGUGCUGGGCGGCGCUGAGCUCAAGAAGCCACGCGUGCGCCCUGCUGUGCAGCGAGCUGUGGCCGAGGAGGGAGGGAGGGCUGCAGGGCGCGAGGGGAGAAGCGUGCAGGGGGGCGCGGGAGAGCAGGGACCAAGACAUGGCCGGGGGACGCAGCAGGGGGAGAGGGAGGGGCGGGGCGGGCAGGACGAGGGGGAGGGGGAGCGGGUGUGGUUGGAAGGGGGCGAAUGGGAAGGGGAUGGGGAACGGGAAGGGGAGGGGGAGGGGGAAGCAUGUGUGGAGGACGGGGAGGGGGGCAUGCGGCAUGCCAAGAGGCGGAGGCUGCGGAAGGUGGCAGGUCUGGGUGAGAGGGUGUGGCGGCAGGGCGGGGAGAGGGAGGACGGGAGCAGGGAGGCGUGGGGGGGCGAGGAGAGCGGGGCACAUGGGCAUGGGUUUGACCUGGUGGCGGAAGCAGCAGGGGGGGGAGCGGGGGCGGGGGAGGUGCAGGCAGCGCCAGCGGAGUAUGUGGUAGCGGCGUGCCAGGGGGUGCUGUUCCACUCCGAUGUGGAGGAGGCGUUGGAGCUGCUACUGGACGGCAACGAUGCGCUCAUCAAGGGCAAGAGCACGGCGCGUUCCUUCGUGCGGCUGCUAAUGCGGGCCACCUCCUGUGGAGACUUCUCCUCGGGUGUGCCCAACUUCAGUGCCAAGGAGGUGUCGCUGCUGCUGGAGGCGCUGCUCCGCACCUCAUCAAGAACGCUCCUCAAACACAUCAUUGCCACCAACGGGCUGAACGUGCUCCAGAUAUUGGGGCGCAAGCUGCAGCACGAGAGGGAGCGAGUGGCCAUUCUGAGGAAGCUGCUGCGAGUGGCACACCACCUGCACGCCACUGCUGCCCUCUCCCUGCAGGCCGCUCAUGCCGUCCCGCCCACCGCCAAUGAGAGCUUCUCCGCGCUGAUAGGCACAGGGACGCGGAGCUUCUCUGCGCUCAUUGGCCGGCUGCGCAGGCACAGGGACGCGGAGACCCUACCACACCUGCAGUCGCUCUCACUGCCUCUCAGCAUGAACCUCGCCCUGGGGGGAAACCUGGGCAUGGGCAUGGACCCUGCUUCCCUGCUGAUGCAGCAGCAGCAGGGGCCAGCAGCAGCGGCAGCAAUGGCAGCGGCCGCUGCAGCCAUGGGUGGGCCGGGCUGUCGGCCUCAACGGGGUGGAGACGCGGGCGGUUCACCACAUGGUGCAGGAGCAGCAGCUGCUGCUGCUACUCCACCUGCUGCUGCUUCUGCAGCUGCUGCAGCCGCGACAGUUGCUGGCGAUGCUGCAGCGGGUGAUCCUAGUGGACAUGGGGAAGGUGGUACGGCUGCCACUAAUAGCAGUGCUUCUGCCGAUGAUAGGGCGGUUGCUGCGAAUGAUAAGAGCACUAGCAAGCCACCACCCACCCCAACCACUGCAUCUGCCCAACCCCAUGAAGCAGCAGGUGACGCCUCAGCUGUCCCAGCAUCAGCACACCCGGUGCCUCCUGCCUCUCACCCCCUGCCUGCUGCCGCGCACCCGCCGCACUUUUCAGCAGCCACCACAGCAGCGGCAGCAGCAGCGGUGCAGCACAUGAUGCAGCGCCGCCUCUCCCUUGCCCUCUCCCAUGCCGUCUCCCAAGCCAACGCCGCCGCCGCUGCUGCUGCCACCUCGCCUGCUGCCAAACCUCCUGCCCCUUUCCAACCACAUGCCCCCUCCGCUGCCCCCUCUGCCCCGCCUGCUGCUCCCGUUCCCGCUUCCCCCACUGCUGUGCCACAUGCUGUUCCACCCUUUGCAACUCCUCCCUCCUCUCCCACCCCGGUCCCUGCCUCGCAGCCCACUAAUCACCCACUCCCUGCCUCGCAGCCCACUAAUCACCCACUCCCUGCUGCUGCUUCCUCGCCCACGCCCCCGUCCCCCUCUCCCAAGCUCUCGUCCCAACAUGCCCCGCAUCACGCCCCUCAGCACAUCUGCCAGCCGCUCAUGGCGCCCUUUACCAGCCCUGAACGCUGCCCUGCACCUUCUGCCUGUUCUGCUGCCUCCAAGGGGGCCAAGAGGCGGCAGGCGUGGAGGAACGCGGGAGGGGAGAAGGAAAUGGAGAAGGGGAGGGAAAAGGAGGGGGAGAAGGGAGGGCAGAAGGGAGGAGAGGGUCAGGCGAGUGUGGAUGGAGUGGGCAAGGAUGUCCCAGAGCCUGCAUUGCCAGUUGCGGCUGCUGAUGCCCCUCUUCCUGCCCAUACUGCUGCUGCUGCUGCUGCUGCUGCUGCUGCUGACGCAGCGAGUGGAGAAGAGGGGCGAAGGAUGGGAGGGUCAGCAGCACCAGCAGCAGCACCCUUGCCCACACACCAGCCACCACCCCCGUUCCCUGCUGUCUUUGAAUUGUCUCAAAGGUCACCCUCGUCCCCUGCUGCCCUGCCCACAGCGCCUGUAACCGGCAGUGCGGGCAGCACAUGGCAUGGUGCCGUGGCACAUGCAGCAGCAUUAGGUGCAGCAUGCAGUGUGCUACCCCAUGCCACGUGGCAUGCUACUGCACCGGCAGCCAGCCAUGCCACCGCCGUCCCGUUCGCCUGCGCUGCAUCUGCUGCUGCGGCUUGUGUCAAGGUGGAAGGCAGCGCGGCAGCAGCAGAGGCAGCGCAUGGGCGGGGAGUGGAGGGCAUGGGAGGGACGUGGAGGGAAGAUGCGCAGGUGGUAGGGGCGCAGGCUGUAAGGGGAGGGGUUGCAGGGGGAGAGGCUGCAGGGGGAGAGGCUGCAUGGGGUGGAGAGGCGCAUGGUGAAGGGGGUGUGACGGCAGGCAUGGGUGCAGGGAGCAGGGCAGUGGUGGCAGCAGCAUGGGCAGGUGGUGCAGGUGGGUUGGCUGCGGUGCCUGAGUGUGAAGCAGCGGCACCUCGUGCCGCGCCUGUGCCGCCCCGGCCUCUGUUCAAGUGGGUGGUGAAGGAAAUCCCCGUGCAUGCUGAUUUGCAUGUAGACGGGCAUGCAGAUGUGCAUGCGGACGGAUGUUCAGACACGCAUGGGGCUGUGCAUGGGGAUGUGCAGGCAGGCGAGGCUGGUGCUGUCGAAAAUGGGGGCGUGAGGGAUAAUGGCGUGGGCAGUGGGGGCAUGGGUGGUGGGGCAAUCGGUGGUGCAGGCAUGGGCGGUGCAGGCAUGGGCGGUGCAGGCAUGGGCGGUGCAGGCAUGGGCGGUGCAGGCAUGGGCGGUGCAGGCAUGGGUGGUGCAGGCAUGGGCGGUGCAGGCAUGGGUGGUGCAGGCAUGGGUGGUGCAGGCAUGGGCGGUGCAGGCAUGGGCGGUGCAGGCAUGGGUGGUGCAGGCAUGGGUGUUGCAGGCAUGGGCAGUGGGGAGAGAACACUGGAGGGUAUGCGAAGUGUUGGAAUGGAGUGGGGUGGGGAAGUGGGGUGGGGGGGGAGAGUGGGCGGCAUUGGAAAUUGGGGAGGAGCACACGGGCUGGCUGCGUAUGGCAUGCCGUAUCACACGGCACUUGGCAUGGCGUCAGUGCAGCAGGCAGCAGUGCAGCAGGCAGCAGCACAGCAGGCAACAGCGCAGCAAGCACUGGUUCAACAGGCAGUGGGGCAGCAGGCAGGGGUGCAGCAGCAGGGAGCAGGGCAGCAGCAGUGGUACGAUGCAUGCAUGCAUGGGCAUGGGGCAGCAGGGCCGGUGGCAGGGCGAGCCAUGGCGUACGCACAGGCAGCGAUGCCAUGGGCUGUGCAGCACGGCGGGUGGUGGCCUGCUGCUAGAGACCACACCGUGCUGGCAGCAGCAGGGGGAGCGCGAGAGGAGGAAAAGGCAGCUUCACAUGGGCCUGACCCUGUGCGGGGUGCUCCUGCUGCUAAUGGGACAAUUGACACUGCUCACACUGUUGACAUGACUGGCAAGCCCAAGGAUUCGACUGACGUGACAUCAGGACUGAUUGAUGUGAAGGUAGAGUGCACGGACGUUACACCGGGCUUUACUGACAUAGGAUCACAGUACACUGACAUGCCCAAGGGUUCGACUGAUGUCACACCAGGGGUGAGUGAUGUGAAGGUAGAGUUUACGGACGUUGCACCAGACUUGACUGACAUAGGGCCACAGUACACUGACAUGACACUUGAUUUGACUGACACGAAACCAGAGCUUAUUGAUAUGGAACUGGUUUCAGAUGAGUUGACCAACAUAGCACUGACAAGCGCCGACGUGAAACCGAUAGCUGCUGCUGAUGUGGAACCAGUAGCUGCUGAACUGGAACCGAUAGUUGCUGACUUGAAACCGAUGGCUGCUGACCUGGCGGUCCAGAAGGCAGUACCACGUGGCACCGCUGACAUGGCCGGAAGGGCAUGCAGUGCGGCGGGCGAUGCGACACAGCGAGAGCACAGCCUGACUGACAUGACCCGCUCGUUGCUCCAGCAGCACAUGGCCCCUGUCGUGGAGGCUAAGGCGGAGGUUGUAGCGCUGCGUGGGCAGGGCUGGCAGAGCUGCCCGGCUGUGGACCCUCCUUUGAGCCGCGUGCAGCAGAAGGGGGCCGAGUUGGAAGAACACAGGAGGCAGUGCCUGCAGGGGCAGCCGCAGCAGCAGCAAUUGGUGGAGCAGCCGAGGGAGGAGGAAGAGCAGGAGAAGCAGAAGGUGCGUGUGAGAGGCGGACGUGUGAAGGAGGAGUGCGGGAGGGGGAGGGGGUCAGGCGUGGAUGGCGAGGGGAAGAGGCGGGCAGAGGGAAGGCGGGCUCCCAGGGGCGAACUGCACGGAGUUGUGGCUGCGGUGCACAGGGAGGCGAAGCUUGGGGCGGCGGAGGAGGGGAAGAGGGAGGUGGUGGAGGGGGGGGGCAGGGAUGCGUUGCAGGGGGAGGAGCAGGGUCCAGUGCAGGUGAAGGCUGGAGGGGUAGAGAAAGGGGUUGGGGAUGUCGUGGGGUGCAGCGGGGCACAGGCAGGUGUGGCAGACAUGAAGGGAGGUUUGGCGGACCUAAAGAGGGGUUCGGCAGGCGCGAAGGGAGGUUCGGCAGACGUGAAGGGAGGUGCCGUGGACGCGAAGGGAGGUUUGGCAGGCACGAAGGGAGGUUUGGCAGACGCAAAGGGAGUUUCGGCAGACGGGAAGGGAGGUAUGGCAGACGCGAAGGGAGGUUUGGCAGACGUGAAGGGAGGUUCGGCAGACGCGAAGGGAGGUUCGGCAGACGUGAAGGGAGGUUUGGCAGACGUGAAGGGAGGUUUGGCAGAGGCGAGAGGCAGGAAGGUGCGUGGAGGAGCAGGCAAGGCGCAAGAGAGGCUGAGGCGGUGGCAGCAGCUGCAGCAGCAGCAGUUGCAGCAGCAGCAGUUGCAGCAACAGCAGGAGCAGGGAAAACAGCAGGAAGUGGAGGCGGGCAGGCGGGACGAGGCGGUGGGGCAGGGCAAGGUGGAUGUGCAGAGGGCGGGUGAGACGGCGGGUGGUGGAGAGGAGGGCGCGGAGGGUGCGGAGGUGGCAGCAAAGUCAGAGUUGAGGGAGAGAGAUGGGGCAAGGAAGGGCGAUGAUGCGAAGGGGGAAGAGGAUGGCAAGAGGGGAGAGGAUGGCAAGAGGGGAGAGGAUGGCAAGAGGGGAGAGGACGGGAAAAAGGGAAAGGAUGCAAAAACGGCAGAGGAUGCAAAAAAGGGAAAGGAUGCAAAAACGGGAGAGGAUGCAAAAACGGGAGAGGGUGCAAAAACGGGAGAGGAUGCAAAACGGGGAGAGGAUGCAAGAAGCGAAGACACAAGCAGGGAAGAAGAUGCAAAAACGGCAGAGGUUGCUAGAGGAGAAUGGGAGCAGGUGGAAAAGAAGCAGGAGGGGAGAGUGGGCAUGGAUGGUGGGGCUGAAAAGCAGUGGGGCCUCCAACACGCGGAUUCUGGGUGCCAUGCAGUCAAAGCCCCCUCCGCUGCUGUUGCACCACCCGCUGCUGCAUUCCCCGCUGCUGUGCCAUCCCCUGCUGCUGCUGAUGCUGGUGCAGGCAGUAGUAGCACCCAUGGUGGCGCUGGCGGCAGCGCUAAUGGGCCGCCAGCAGCACAGCUGCAAGCACUGUCAAUCACUGCCCCUCAAACACCCUCUAUCACUGCUCUGUCGGCCACUGCUGCUCAACCCCCGUCAACCACUGCCCCUCAGCCCCCGUCAACCACUGCCCCUCAACCCCCGUCAACCACUGCCCCUCAACCCCCGUCAGCCACUGCCCCUCAAUCCCACCCACACCCUGCCGCCUCCCCCCUUGUGUCAACCCCUCCUCACAGUCUCUCACCAUCGCCUCAUCUCUUGCCCUCAUCCUCCCUUAUGCCCCCCCACUCCUCCUCUCCCCUCCCCCCUUCCCGCCUCCCCUCCCUGCCUCUCUCCCAGCCCUCCUACCCAUCGCCCUCCCCCGCCCUGCAUGGCCCCUCCCCGGGCUCCCUCACUCCCUCCUCUUGGCCGUCCCCUGCCGCUCCUUUCCCGCCCACCGCGCCCCCAUCUCGCCCCGCAUUCAAGCUUAAAUGGAACGUGCGUGUCAUCCCUGCUGAUGCGCCCCCUGCUGCUGCCGACGCCCCCUCGUUUCCCACUGCACAUGCUUCUCCUUUUGGUCAUGCUGCUUCCGCUCAUGCUGCUGCUGCUUUUACUUCUCAUGGUGCCAGCUCAGCUCAUGCAACCGGCUCAGCGAUGCCUCACAGCCUGCAGGCAGGUAGUGCAGCAACAGGGGAAGCAGCUGGAGGGUGUGUGUCACAGUGGAAGGGCGAGGGGAACGGGUGGCAAAGCGAGGGGCACCGAAGGCAGGGCGAUGGGCAUUGGCCGAGCAAGGGGCAUGGAAGGCAGAGCGAGGGACAUAGAAGGCAGGGAGAGGAGCAUGAGAUUCAGCAGCAGCACAUGCAGGCACAUGAGUGGCAGCAUCAUCAGCAGCAGCAGCAGCAGCAGCAUCAGCAGCAGCAGCAGCCGCAGCAGCAGCACAACGGGGCGCAUCGACUCUCCUCAUCAUCAUCCGCUGGCGUCUCUGCUGGUGCUGCUGCUCGAUUCAGCUGCAACUGGCAUGUGGACGCGCCUCUGCCACGCGCUCAUCUCUCCUCCCCUGCCCCCCUCCGUCCCGUCUCCUCCCCACCACCCCCGGCCACGGCUGCUGACGGGCUGCCUUAUGCCCUGCCACACGCUGCUGACGGGCUGCCUUACGCCCUGCCACACGCUGCAUCCCGCAGGCCCGUGUGGAGCGUCAGCACCAUUGCCAUACCCGCCAGCCCCUCCGUUGAACCACCCACUCACAACCUGCCACGUGGCACUGCUGGUUUCUCCAGUGCCGCAGAUGCUUCAGUGCAUCCCGUGCCACAUGCAGCCGCCUCGCCUCUCCCACCACCCUCCAUCCCGUUCCCUCACCCAUCAUCCCCACUCCGCUCCUCCCCUCCUCCUCCUCCCCCUCUCCCGCUCUCCCCAGCAUCAGUCCGACCUGCACCAGGUGCCACCUGCCCCUCCCUAUCUAACAACCCUCCUUCCAAUCCACAUGACAGUGCUCUGCCUCAGCAGUACCCCCCCUCUCCUUCCGCCCGUGCUUGCUCACACCCCCCUCCUCCCCCCCUUCCUCCCCCUCCUGCCUCUCCUCCACCAUCUCCUCCCCCACCCCCUCCCCCCCCUUCCUCCUCCCCCCCUCCCCCGCCACCUUCCGCCCUUCCAGCUCCACCCCCUUCAAGCAUCCCCCUCUGUGGCCCGGUUGCCAGCGGGGCAGGGGGGUGGGGCGCAGUGGAUGAAGGGGAGGGGGAAGGGACAUGGAGGGUGGGUGAGGGCGCGGGGGGUGCUGGAGUGCAGGGUGGGGAGGUUGGUGGGACGGGUGUGCCCUCGUGUGGGGAGGCGAGACGUGAACAGGUGGGGACUGAGGAGGUGGGGAAUGGGGAGGCGGGGGGCAGCGAGGAGGAGGAGGAGGACAUGGAUGUGGACAUGGACCUCAGUGACCUGGACCUCUCUCACUGCCCUUCUGCCCCGCCACCACCUGGGCCGGCAGCAGGGGUGGAUGUAGCAGGGGUAGCAGGUGGGCUGGGAGCAGGUGGGCUGGGAGCAGGUGGGCUGGGAGCAGGUGGGGCAACAGCAAAUGGUGUGGCAGCAAGUGUGGCAGCAGGUGGGCAGGCAUGGGGUAAAGAAGUGGAAGGAGGAGUGGGAGGUGUGGGCGGCAAGGAGGUUGGGGAAAAGGGCAGGGCAGCAGGAACAGCAGAGGGGGCAGAACCGCUUGGUGCAACAUUUGUGAGUGCAGCACGAGCCACCGAGCCUAAAUUAGCCCCGUCACUCGCACCAGCCCCGUCACUCACGCCAGCUGCGCCAGUGGCACCAGUCCCAGCAGUCCUGGCAGCCUUGGCAGCCCCAGAAGCACCAGCAGCCUCGAGACCCUUGGCGCCAUCAGCAGCGGGGGGAGCAUCUGCAGCGGCGGCGGCAGGCACGCGGGUGGCACCAGGGGGCGGCAUGGCAGGGGGACGGCGGUGGGUCACUCCGCUGUGCCGCGAGUUUGAAGCCGCGGUGACUGACAUCGUGCAGCAUGCCAUGGCGCCAUUCCUCUCCAAGCUGUCGGGGCGGGAGGUGGAGCGCAUGCGGGGCCGGCUGGUGCGGGAGGUGGUGGGGAAGGAAGCGGUGAAGAGCCGGCAGCGCACCCACCAGCUUCUUUAUCCGUCCACCUUAUCUGUUCGCACGCGCGCUGCGGUCCGCGUGCCUGCGGGAAGAGCGGCGGGCGGCAUGUCGGCGAUGUCGGACAACGUGGGGCAGUACGGCCGCAUCGGCACCGUGCCGGUGGCCCAGGGAGCCGAAGUCCCUCUAACGCACCCAGAGUUUCCCUACACGCCCGAGCCCGCAGCGAGCAGGGGAUCAGACACCUUCUCGUCGACCGCAGGUGGGGCAGGCUCGUCCCUGCCGCCCCCCCCGGUGGGCAUCUGGGGCGUGUUCAGCGUGGCGUUCUACCGCCCCUUCUUCGAUGUGGACACCGCCGACGUGGCGGAGCGAGUGCGGGACGCGCUCAUGCCCUUCCCGCGCUCCUCCUUCCUCGAAAAGACGGCCCUCAACCCCGACAUCUACGGGCCGUUCUGGAUCUGCACGACGCUCGUGUUCCUGUCGGCCUCGCUGGGCAACCUCGCGAGCUACCUCAGCUACGCUGCCUCGCCCUCAUCAGCCGCGGAGGAGCACUGGCACUACAACAUCGACGCCGUCAGCUGGGCUGCCGCCAUCUUCUAUGGCUAUGUGGCUGUCGUGCCGCUGCUGCUCUUCUUCCUCCUGCGCUACCUGCAGGUUUCCGCGGGGUUGGUUCAGCUGUGGUGUCUGUAUGGCUACUCUCUGGCUGUCUACAUCCCCAUCUCGUUCAUAACGGUGCUGCCGCUGGACCUGCUGCGCUGGCUCAUAGUGCUGGGCGCCACGGCCAUCUCGUGCUUCUUCCUCGGUGUCAACCUGCGCGCGCAGAUCACAGUGGGCCACGAGAUGUGGUUCCCCAUCGUUGUCGGCGCUGUGCUGCUGCAGGCCGGCCUGGGGGUUCUCCUCAAGCUCUACUUCUUCACCUACAUUCAGCUCUAG